AAUCUGCUGUACGCUAUCAAACCUCAUUGGAUCGAUUUUCUGGCGUGAGCCGCGUGAUACCCAAUAAAAACUCUUCUGUCUUCGUUCAAUCUUCGCCCAGCCCACGCCACCCGUCCCUCUCGGGGAAGAAGAUCCAGUUAUCGUUCAUUAAUCAAACGUAACCUAAUCGAGUGUAUAAUUUGUAAUUAUGAAUCCUCAACUUUUAUUGUAAAUUUGUAAUUAUACAUAUACAAUAUUUUGAUGGCGAUACUGUAUGGGGUGGUGGCGCGAGGGACGACGGUGCUGGCGGAGUUCAGCGCCGUGACGGGGAAUGCCCCGGCGGUUUCUCGGCGGAUACUGGAGAAGCUGUCAGAGACGGAGCCGGCGGAGUCGAGGCUUUGUUUCUCCCAGGAUCGGUACAUAUUCCACAUCCUUAGAUCGGAUGGACUCACCUUCCUCUGUAUGGCAAAUGAUACCUUCGGAAGUAGAAAACAGGAUAUCAAUGGUGGAACUCUAUUUUCACCAGGGUUUGUUGAUAUGUCAAUUUUUGGAACUCGUAUUAGCUUUGUGUCCAUGACUUGUAAAUAGAAAGAUUGAACUAAAUGUUUGCCACACAACUGUUGACUUAAAUACAGAUAAAGCAGAAGGCAUCAUUGUGAGAAUGUUUUCAGAAACAAGUGUUUAUGGAAUGGGGUGGCGUUUAGGAAAACCAAGUCUUGGUUAGUUCACUUGAAAUACAGACUGGUUUUUAAUCCGAUUUGACAGUACACACCUCUGGUAGCAGAUGUUCAUAGUGUAAUCCGUUUUUCUUAUUUUUCCUUUCCUACCAUUUUGGCCAUAAUAAUUGUCUUGCUAUUUUUCCUUUGCUUUUCUUAUAGAAUGUGGCUUUUAGUGAACUGCUUCGAGAUUAAUUGAUAGCAAAAUUUAUUUAGCAUAAAUUGGUUUGUAGAAGACUGUUAUACACUCAAUUAGCUCAGUUUUGGCAAUCUAUUAAUGAGGCAUAGUUUUUGGACUUUGCCUCGUUUUUCUGAUCAAUUGAUCAAGAGAUAAAAAAAAAAUGGAAGCUAACAUUUUGGGCGUUCAGACAAAAGAAUGGGGGUCGAGGACUCUAGGGAAUUUAUCGGACUUUCGAUAGUAUAUGCUCAUUCCAUUAUUAACUUCUUUUCCGGAAUCAUAGGUGAAAGUUAUGACUGCAUUUCUUACAAUUGGUAAACCAUACUUCUCUUCUCACAAUGGGAUCAUUUAGACAAGGAAGUGCUCAAUCUUUUAUUGUUUUGUGGCUUCUAGGAUCUUAUCACAUUCUCCAAUCUUUUUAUCCUGAGAACUAUUCAUAUGUCUGUUCACAGUAUGAAGGCUUUGAGCUGUUUAGCCUCUACUAUAUAUAUGCUUUUAGCAUUGCAUUGUGUGGGGAUUUACAUCAUUUUUUUCCUUGAACUUAGAAUUAAAAUUUUUAUUAUUUUUUCAUAUUACCUUUCUUCUCCUCUUCUAUAUAUUACAACUAGUAUUUUGGCACAUUU